AUGCGGCAGCAUAAACUGCAAGGACAAAGAAAUUUGCAUCCACGUUUAGAUACAUUCAAAAUGUUGUGUGGUGGGAAAAAAUCUUACUUUGCUGCUGCUGUGUGCAUUAUUACUCUAACUUCAAUGGUCACACUUUCUUAUCUUAGGUUACAGAGACUUUCUCACCUGCCAAAAAUAAUUCAAGAAGGUAGCAGAUGUAGAGGGAAAACUACCAGUAGCACAAUAACAGCAUUAAAAGAUAACAGAACUUUUAUUAUAUCCCCAUACUUUGAUGACAGAGAAAGCAAAGUCACUCGUGUGAUUGGGAUUGUUCAUCAUGAAGAUGUAAAACAACUAUACUGCUGGUUCUGCUGUCCACCCGAUGGAAAGAUAUAUGUAUCAAAAGCAAAAAUUGAUGUUCACUCAGAUAGAUUUGGAUUUCCUUAUGGUGCAGCAGAUAUAGUUUGUUUGGAACCCGAAAACUGUGAUCCAACACAUGUAUCAAUUCAUCAGUCUCCACAUGGAAAUAUUGACCAGCUGCCAAGGUUUGAAAUUAAAAACCGCAAGGCUGAGACCUUUUCUGUUGACUUCACUGUAUGCAUCUCUGCCAUGUUUGGAAAUUACAACAACGUUUUGCAGUUUAUACAGAGUAUGGAAAUGUACAAGAUUCUUGGGGUACAGAAAGUGGUGAUCUAUAAGAACAACUGCAGCCAUCUGAUGGAGAAAGUCUUGAAGUUUUAUGUGGAAGAAGGAUCUGUAGAGAUAAUUCCCUGGCCAAUAAACUCACACCUCAAGGUUUCUUCUAAAUGGCACUUUUCUAUGGAUGCAAAAGACAUUGGCUACUAUGGACAAAUCACAGCUCUAAAUGACUGUAUAUACCGUAACAUGCAGAGAAGCAAGUUUGUGGUUCUUAAUGAUGCUGAUGAAAUAAUUCUUCCCCUUAAGCACCCAGACUGGAAAUCAAUGAUGAGCAGUCUUCAGGAGCAAAACCCAGGGACUGGCAUUUUCCUCUUUGAGAACCAUAUCUUCCCAGAAACCAUAUCUACUCACAUGUUCAACAUUUCAUCCUGGAAUACUGUGCCAGGUGUUAACAUAUUACAGCAUGUUCACAGAGAGCCUGACAGGAAAGAUGUAAUCAAUCCCAAGAAAAUGAUAGUUGAUCCACGAAAGGUGAUUCAGACUUCAGUCCACUCUGUCCUACGUGCUUAUGGGAACAGUGUGAAUGUUCCCAUGGAUGUUGCCCUCAUUUAUCACUGUCGGGUGCCCCUUCAAGGAAACCUUCCCAGAGAAUCCCUCAUCAGGGAUACAACACUGUGGAGAUAUAACUCAUCAUUAGUCAUGAAUGUUAACAAGGUGCUAUAUCAAACCGUACUGUAAGCUCAAAAGUGAAACCUCGGUUAUAAGGAGGGACAGUGGAGAGCUACCCAUAUCAUGGA